AUGCCAGCAUUCGCGAUGCAGAGAUUGAGCGCCUCGUCCAUGACAUUGGCGGGAGGCCGCGUCUUGCCGUCAUCUGUGCUGCUGAUGAGGUCAAUGACGAAGACUACGACGACGACGGCAUGUGGUCAUAAUGCUCAACGCAUUCUUUCCACCCUCUGUCGGCCAGCAAGCCGCUCAUCACUGCCUGCUGUCACCAAGAAGAGCCUGGUGCUGCUGCCACAGCGAUCGUUUUCCAUCACGAGACCUUGGCUGGCGCUGGCGAACAAGGAGAACAAGGAUGAUGAUGGUCAAAGAGCGACAACCGAGCAACAGACAAAGGUUGGCAGCGCUGCAGCGCCGCUGGCAGCAACGCCGGCUUCAGGCAAGUCUGUUCUGGCGCGGGAGAACAUCUACACAAUCCCCAACAUCUUGACGGCCUCGCGGCUGGUUAUUGCGCCCUUUAUCGGAUACUGCAUCGUGAACGACUACCAUGCCACGGCCUUGGGCCUCUUUGCCUACGCCGGAGUCUCGGACCUGCUUGAUGGCUGGAUCGCCCGACGGUGGAAUCAGGGUACCGUCGUUGGUACCAUCAUUGAUCCAAUGGCUGACAAGAUGCUCAUGAUGGUAUUGACUGUUAGUCUGGCUGUCAAGGGUGCUCUCCCGCUCUGGCUUGUAACUCUCAUCAUUGGCCGCGAUGUUGGUCUCGCAUUGUCAGCCAUAUAUUACAGGUGGGUCUCCCUACCGCCACCAAAGACCUUCAUGCGAUACUGGGACUUUUCGCUGCCCUCUGCCGAGGUGCGGCCGACAACAAUCAGCAAGUACAACACCUUUCUGCAGCUGGCUCUCAUGGGGUUGACCACCACUGCCCCUGUGGUUCCAUAUGAUCUUGAUGGGGCACUGGCUGUCAUGCAUUGGGUUGUGGCCGUCACGACAGUCUGGAGUGGCGCUAGCUAUGUUUUCAGCAAGGACGCUGUGAAAAUUCUGUCUCAGGCAAAGGCCGCCGACAAGAAGCUGAAGUAG